AUGAACAAAUUCGUUAUUAAGAAAAAAGAAGAUAUGAAUUAAAAGGUGUUUCACUAAUUAAAUGCUCAUGUUCCUAAUUAGUAAAAGAAUGAUUUGUAUAUUUUUUUAAGUUAUUCAAAAGGUUGUUUUAAAUUGACCCUUAAGCUUGUUAAAGAGACAAUAAUUCUCGGAAAAGUGAAAAGUAGCAUAUAAUUUAAUUUUUUUCAAAGGGACUUUCAGAUUAUUGAAUAGUGUCUAGGUUCCGGUGCUUAUGGGUCUGUUUAACUAGUGAGAGAUGUUAACAGCCGAAUUUAUUAUGCACGAAAGACGGUAACACUUGAUGAUAUAUGACAGAUUAGUAAAUCAAAAUUAAAAGCCCAGGAAUCGAUAGAUAACUUGAAAAGAGAAGUAUUAAUACAAAAGAAACUUUGUCAUCCAAAUAUUCUUAAACUAUGCUACUGUUAUGAAGACUCGUCUAAGUACUGUUAUGUAACUAUAAACAAUUAGUGUAUUUUUAAUCUUAGAGUACGCAGAACUGGGUUCGCUUUUCUCAUUGAUUAAACGAAAAUAAAGAUUAUAGGAGAGAGAAGCUUAUGUAUUCUUNUACCUGCACACAUAUGACCAUAAUGCGGUAAUCCUGUUGCAAAUGGUGGACCAUCGUAAAAUGUAAACCGAGGGCGGUCCUUAGUCAAAUCUUAUUAUUUCUGAAACGCAUUAAUUUCAUUCCAAUACUUCAAUAUUUUCACUUCCUCUUCAGGAAAAUUAACUCGUUCCUCAACUUAAGUAAUAUUAAACAUCUCUACCAUUCAUAAAGUUAGAUUUUUAUUCCAUAUAUUAUUUAACAAUUAUUUUUGAUGAAUGUUUUCUAUUUCAACUUUGA